GAAAUAAUAGUAGUUGUAUUAGAAUAAUGAGUUUAUUGGAGAUUCUUUUUUUCUUUCCAAUAUAUAAAACUUUAUAUAUUGGAAUGUGGAUUUUGUCCUACUCUGCCACUCAGGGUUUAUCAGUCAAGAACUGGAACUGGACAGAAACAGCACACUCAGAUGCAAUAGUUGAAAGAUUAAUAGAGGGACUGUUCCCUCUAUUCUUCCCUAUUUCCAGUCCUUUUACACCCUGGUUUUGGCAACUCUCAGUGACACACUCAACUGUUGAGCACCUACUUAUUGUCUACUGAGGAAGGCUGACUUUUAAGUAUAUAAAUUAUUAUGUCAUAAAUGCAAUAAUAUAUAUAAAUUGAGUGUAAUGAGGAACACAAGCAAUCAUCUGCCAGAAGGGAGGCAUGAUUCAAGGAUGACUUCAAAGAGGGGUAAUUGAUUGAUUUGAGUCAGUUCUUAAGAUUAUCUGCCAAAACAAAAGGGCAACAAGGCAUGGGAAGGCAGGAACUGCUUGGAACAACAUGGUAUGUUUGGGAAAUUAAGGUGGCUCUGCAGGGCCGAGGAACACUGACUGGGUGGGUGUGAGGGAACUAUGGGAGAGAAGGCUGUAGAUCAUACCGGGCCCUGUGCUCCAAGUGGACCUUCUGCUUUGGAACUGUCAUCAGAUUUGCACGUUAGAUGCCUGUAUCCUCAGUGGAGAGAGAGUGGACUGAAGGGGACAAGAAUGGAAGCAGGGAGAGUGAAAAGAAGUCUGGGUUUGAGGGGGUGGGGAGGGAGAGUGUGGCCUUAACAGGGCCAGCAGACACCCUUUCUCAGCAUCCGCCUCUCCUGACUUUCACUUGGCCAGAGCGGCGCCUCUCGGGGAUCUCCCCCCCCUUCCUCUCCCCGGGGACCCCGCGGGCCGGGCGCGGGCGGGAGACAAGGCUGGGGGUGGCCCUGCCUGGGUGGUCUCCUGCCCCGCCCCCUGCGGCGCCGUUACCUAGCAGCGGAUCCGGCCGCGCCGCUCCGGGUAAUUUGCCGGCCCCUCAGCCAAUGGGAGGCCGUUGCCCUGGCCCGCUCCCUUUUUCUGGAGCUCCAGCCACCUCUCGGCACUGCGGAAGCCACCUCCAGCGGUGCUGUGCGUCUCUGGCCAGCAGUUCUGCCUGCACGCGAGACCCACUCCUCCGGCCGCGGCGCUCCACGGCUCACCGAGUGGGCGAGCCUCGGCGCCGAGCCCCGGCCCGCACCGUCCCGCGCUCCCCACAGCCGCCGCCGCACACCCACCCCCGCCGCAGCCUCACUCGCGCCCGGGCCCUUGCGGCCCCACUGAAUCCCCACGGGGGGCCCAGCAGUAUAAGGGGCCGGACUAGCCUAUGGGAGCGCCCCGAUCCCCGCCAGUAUGGCUCAGCCGUCGCCCCUCGGGGAGCUGCCCCCGAGCUACACACCCCAAACUCGAACCAUAGCUCCCCAGAUCCUAGCUGGGAGCCUGAAGGCUCCGCUCUGGCUUCGUGCUUACUUCCAGGGCUUGCUCUUCUCUCUGGGCUGCGGGAUCCAGAGACACUGUGGCAAAGUGCUCUUCUUGGGACUGUUGGCCUUUGGAGCCCUGGCACUAGGUCUCCGUGUAGCUGUUAUUGAAACAGACCUGGAACAGCUCUGGGUAGAAGUGGGCAGCCGGGUGAGCCAGGAGCUGAAUUACACCAAGGAGAAGCUGGGGGAGGAGGCUGCAUAUACCUCUCAGAUGCUGAUACAGACUGCACGCCAGGAAGGGGAGAACAUCCUCACGCCUGAGGCACUUGGCCUCCACCUCCAGGCAGCCCUCACUGCUAGUAAAGUGCAAGUAUCACUCUAUGGAAAGUCCUGGGAUUUGAACAAGAUCUGCUACAAGUCAGGAGUUCCCCUUAUUGAAAAUGGAAUGAUUGAGCGAAUGAUUGAGAAGCUGUUCCCGUGUGUGAUCCUCACCCCCCUCGACUGCUUCUGGGAGGGAGCCAAACUCCAAGGGGGCUCUGCCUACUUGCCGGGCCGCCCCGACAUCCAGUGGACCAACCUGGAUCCGGAGCAGCUGCUAGAGGAGCUGGGCCCCUUUGCCUCCCUUGAGGGCUUCCGGGAGCUGCUAGACAAGGCACAGGUGGGCCAGGCCUAUGUGGGGCGGCCCUGUCUGCACCCUGAUGACCUGCACUGCCCACCUAGUGCCCCCAACCAUCACAGCAGGCAGGCUCCCAAUGUGGCUCAGGAGCUGAGCGGGGGCUGCCACGGCUUCUCCCACAAAUUUAUGCACUGGCAGGAGGAAUUGCUGCUGGGAGGCAUGGCCAGAGACCCCCAAGGACAGCUGCUGAGGGCAGAGGCCCUGCAGAGCACCUUCCUACUGAUGAGUCCCCGCCAGCUGUAUGAGCAUUUCCGGGGUGACUACCAGACACAUGACAUUGGCUGGAGCGAGGAACAGGCCAGCACAGUGCUACAAGCCUGGCAGCGGCGCUUUGUGCAGCUGGCCCAGGAAGCCCUGCCUGAGAACUCAUCCCAGCAGAUCCAUGCCUUCUCCUCCACCACCCUGGAUGACAUCCUGCAUGCAUUCUCUGAAGUCAGUGCUGCCCGUGUGGUGGGAGGCUAUCUGCUCAUGCUGGCGUAUGCUUGUGUAACAAUGCUGCGGUGGGACUGUGCCCAGUCUCAGGGUGCUGUGGGCCUUGCUGGGGUGCUGCUGGUGGCCUUGGCAGUGGCCUCAGGCCUUGGGCUCUGUGCCCUGCUUGGUAUCACCUUCAAUGCUGCCACUACCCAGGUGCUACCCUUUUUGGCACUGGGAAUCGGUGUAGAUGACAUAUUCCUGCUGGCACAUGCCUUCACGGAGGCUCCACCUGGCGCCCCUCUUCAGGAGCGCACGGGCGAGUGUCUGCAGCGCACAGGCACCAGUGUCACACUCACAUCCAUCAACAACAUGGUUGCCUUCUUCAUGGCUGCCCUAGUUCCCAUCCCUGCUCUUCGGGCCUUCUCCUUGCAGGCGGCCAUAGUGGUUGGCUGCAACUUUGCAGCUGUGAUGCUCGUCUUCCCAGCCAUCCUCAGCCUGGACCUGCGCCGGCGUCACUGCCAGCGCCUCGAUGUGCUUUGCUGCUUCUCUAGCCCCUGCUCUGCUCGAGUGAUUCAGAUUCUGCCUCAGGAACUGGGGGAUAGGACAGUACCAGUGGGCAUUGCCCACCUGACCACCACAGUUCAAGCCUUUACCCACUGUGAAGCCAGCAGCCAGCAUGUGGUCACCAUCCUGCCUCCCCAAGCCCACUUGGUGUCCCCACCUUCUGACCCACUGGGCUCUGAGCUCUUCAGUCCUGGAGGGUCCACACGGGACCUUCUAGGCCAGGAGGAGGAGACAAGACAGAAGGCAGCCUGCAAGUCCCUACCUUGUGCCCGCUGGACACUUGCCCAUUUCGCUCGCUAUCAGUUUGCACCCUUGCUGCUCCAGUCACACACCAAGGCCAUGGUGCUGGUGCUCUUUGGGGCUCUUCUGGGCCUGAGCCUCUACGGAGCCACCUUGGUGCAGGAUGGGCUGGCCCUGACAGACGUGGUACCUCGGGGCACCAAGGAGCAUGCCUUCCUGAGCGCCCAGCUCAGGUACUUCUCCCUGUACGAGGUAGCCCUGGUGACCCAGGGUGGCUUUGACUACGCCCACUCCCAACGUGCCCUCUUUGAUCUGCACCAGCGCUUCAGUUCCCUCAAGGCUGUGCUGCCCCCACCUGCCACCCAGGCACCCCGCACCUGGCUGCACUAUUACCGCAAUUGGCUACAGGGAAUCCAGGCUGCCUUUGACCAGGACUGGGCUUCUGGGCGCAUUACCCGCUACUCGUACCGCAAUGGCUCUGAGGACGGGGCCCUGGCCUACAAGCUGCUCAUCCAGACCGGGGAUGCCCAGGAGCCUCUGAAUUUCAGCCAGCUGACCACAAGGAAGUUGGUGGACAAAGAGGGACUGAUUCCACCAGAGCUCUUCUACGUGGGGCUAACUGUGUGGGUGAGCAGUGACCCUCUGGGUCUGGCAGCUUCACAGGCCAACUUCUACCCGCCACCUCCUGAAUGGCUGCACGACAAAUAUGACACCACUGGGGAGAACCUUCGCAUCCCACCAGCUCAGCCCCUGGAGUUUGCCCAGUUCCCCUUCCUGCUGCGUGGCCUCCAGAAGACUGCAGACUUUGUAGAGGCCAUUGAGGGGGCCCGGGCAGCAUGUGCAGAGGCAGGCCAGGCCGGGGUGCACGCCUACCCCAGCGGCUCCCCCUUCCUCUUCUGGGAGCAGUAUCUGGGCCUGCGGCACUGCUUCCUGCUGGCUGUCUGCAUCCUGCUGGUGUGCACUUUCCUCGUCUGUGCCCUCCUGCUACUCAACCCCUGGACAGCUGGCCUCAUAGUGCUGGUCCUGGCAAUGGUGACCAUGGAACUCUUUGGUAUCAUGGGUUUCCUGGGCAUCAAGCUGAGCGCCAUCCCCGUGGUGAUCCUCGUAGCAUCUGUAGGGAUUGGUGUCGAGUUCACAGUCCACGUGGCUCUGGGCUUCCUGACCACCCAGGGUAGCCGGAACCUGCGGGCAGCCCGUGCCCUCGAGCAUACAUUCACCCCCGUGACUGAUGGGGCCAUUUCCACAUUUCUGGGUCUGCUCAUGCUUGCUGGUUCCAACUUUGACUUCAUUGUGAGGUACUUCUUCGUGGUGCUGACAGUGCUCACACUUCUGGGCCUCCUCCAUGGACUCGUGCUGCUGCCUGUGCUGCUGUCCAUCCUGGGCCCUCCGCCAGAGGUGGUACAGAUGUACAAGGAGAGCCCUAAGGUCCUGAGCCCACCUGCUCCACAGGAAGGUGGGCUAAGGUGGGGGGUGUCCCCCACCCUGCCCCAGAGCUUUGCCAGAGUGACUACCUCCAUGACUGUGGCCCUCCACCCACCCCCGCUGCCUGGUGCGUAUAUCCACCCAGCCUCUGAUGACCCCAGUUGGUCCUCUUCUGCCAUCCCAGCUGCCACCAGCUCUGGUAACCUCAGUUCUAGAGGACCAUGCCCAGCCACUAUGUGAAAGAGCAGUGAAGCAUGGAGAUCUCAUGCUUGGGCCAUAGUCACUGGGAAGCAAUGGGCGGGUUAUUGAAUGCAGGACGGAUCCCUGGAGGGCCGUGCUGCUGCUGCUGCUGUCUGCAUCCCCUCCCUUGACUCGGCCGUCACGGACCUCCCUGAUAUCCAUAAAGAACAGCCACCACCAACACCCCCCCUGCUGUGAGCAGCCUGGCACACCCAGGCCUGUGUGUCUGGUGGAGGUGAAAGCCAGCACUUCAGGCUGCAAUGCAGCCCUGUCCCCCUCCUGCCCCACACCGCUGCCCACCCAGCAGACCAAGCCUGAAGGAUCCUCCAGCACCCUUUGCCAGUCCCGGCCCUCCUGCAUGGUGGCUCCUGGGUAGGCUCUCUGUAUCCCUGUCCACCUCCUACCACAUAAAUUAUUUAUAUAAAGAUGUUUAUUUUUGUAGUAUAUAUAGAUGUUAGCUAUGCUAAAAGUUUUAUUUUUAAAGAAUGAAAUAUAUUUUAUGUAAACUCA